AUGUCCAAAUUCUUCAAAGGAGCCGUCAGCUCUGAAUCUUCGUCGGAAUCCGACGUUUCUGAUGUUGAGGAGGAGGUACAGACUAAAAAAGUACCGCUAGCUCGUGAUUUCGCCUAUCCGAGUGACAGUGAAGAUGAAGAGAAACGCGUGGUACGUACCCACAAAGAGAAAAAAUUCAAAGAGCUCAAAGACCACAUCAAACAAAUCAAUAAUGGCAAGAACAACAAAGAUUUUACUAAAAUCCUGGCAGUAUUCGACGAUCUGUGCAAAGCAUACGAUAAGUCAAAAACGGUGUUCGCCCGACAGAACAUAUCUACACCACGCUUCUACAUAAGGUAUAUGGUCGAUCUGGAAGAUUUCGUUGCCGCUUUCUGGGAUAACAAAGAUGCUAAAACG